CGAAGUCGGCUGAUUAAAGUGAAUGGGCUGCUCUGUUUCUGAAAGCUAGAUCGUACAAGUAGUGCUACUCAUAUAGCGAGGUAGUAUUGCGUGUUUCAUUAUCUUGCCUGACUAGAAAACAUGCCACCGGAGGCAAUCCCAGCGCCUGUCGCUUCGCAAAAUUGGAAAAACAUGAACGAAUCCGACAAAGAACAGAUUGAAUGGGGGUACGUUUGGAUGGAACACUGCCGCUUAUGCUUCGUAGAUGGAGAAAGUGGAAAUACUGGCGGAAAUGUGGCGCUCAAAGAGUGGAUUGACGUUGAUGUACUGUAUGAUGAUGACUAUGAUGAAAUGAAAUUGUCACACGCCAAUCGUACAGGGCGUCAGCGACCUCUUGAAGAUCUUCCAGAAGUCAAAGGUGACAUUGACGAUUCACUGUCAGCAAAAUUUUGUUCCAGAUGCAAUUUGGUUCUGUAUCAGUCGGGACCCAUGGGGAGCAAUUUGAAGCAUUGCUCAAUAUUGCGGGAAAGUGAUAGUCAGGAACCGACUUUUACCUUGGUCAUAUCGGUAGCCUUUCCGCAUUUACUACAUGGACCAGGUGGCCGUCGAAACAUUAUGGCUCUGAAAGAUUACAGACGGGCUUACAAACCCCUUCACACGACAACACAACUGAUACUAUCGAUACUCCGCUCCGACUGGAAAAACUUGAUAUCGAUGAUGGAAAAAAUGCGACUCGCCCCCACAAUCAAAGUAGAAAAUCGUCGAGUACCACGGUUCUUUCCCAACAGGCUUGGUCUGGACGAGUUAUACGAACGAAUUCAGGGUACUGCCGCAACCCACAUGAUGCUCGAAACUCGUCGAGAAGAUCAGCUGCGAAAUCAACGUAACGACUGUUUGAUAGUCCAGUUGCCAAAGGAUGUAUUCACUGAUUACCUUGCCCCGUUUUUGAAGCCCCGUUCGUUAGAUGCCCUUCGUUGCUCUUGCUCAUACCUACACAACACAUUACGAGCGGUCGUCCCAGGUCUAAAAUUACGAUUAUACAGCCACCAAGUGUCUUCUCUCAUUUGGAUGCGAAAUCGUGAGACCAAUUUACUUUCGGAGAAGGAUUGCCUUAGUACCACACCCUUGCCGGACUCUCCUGAUAGAGACUUGCACCGAAUGGUCACUGGUGGAUACACGACAUUGUUACGAUCACGUUGCCCUUUGAGUGAUUUAAGCAUCCGUAUUGAUCAAAAGACAGGCUUCGAAAUUGUCCCGAAGGACCUUACCACUUUACCCAGAACUGUGGCGAGAGGUGGUCUCUUAUGUGACGACCCAGGACUUGGGAAAACCGUUACAGUUUUAUCACUGAUUAUGCAAACAGCGGGACUCUCGACGAAAGCGAAUGACACUGUAGAUACAUCCGUUAGUAAGCAGUUGAUGCCGAUGGAGGAAGCAAUAUUCCGAACGUAUUGGAGCGAACAAAUGACCCCUGAAUUUCGUCGUCCACUCUUGCACCGCUUUCUGAAUGCUUUCAUACGGCAAAGCCCCGGAGGUUUCAUUGGUCAAGCUGAUCAAGUCAAGAGAAACAUCGAUCUAGACAAGUACGAUUUGAAUUUUUCAUUGUUUGAAAGAGAUAUGACGGAAGCCAUUUUCCCACAAACUUGGGAAGGUAAACAUGAAGAUAACGAUAGCGAUACUCAUGUAUACCGAAACGCGGCACGCCAGCUUAAAAGCGAGUUUCUGGCUAAUGUUGAGGAAUUUAAGCAAACUCAACUUCAGUCAGCGCGCAAAUCCUUCUCUUCAGUUUCGGCAAAGCCAAAUUCACGAGUCGCGGCUUUGCUGGAUCGGUCGGAACAAAUGAAAUUUGUGGAUUCGCUGGUCUCGUCCUCAGCAACACUGUUGGUAGUCCCGGCAGUGUUGUUGGACCAUUGGCAGGCUCAAAUCGAUUUGAACUUGGACCUUAGCUAUUGCACUGAUAAGAUACCAUUAAUUUUUGAGUUUGGGAGAAAGCACAAAGGUUUAACAAUGGAAGCCGUAUGCGCCAUUUGCAAAGACAAUGGAAGUCACUUUCCCAUGGUUUUUAUAGAUAGAGGUGGUACAAAGAAGUUGCCGGCGCCGGAGUUUCUUGCAAUGUUUCAAAUUGUGAUAACAACGACACAGCGCUUUUCGCAGGAAUGGAGGAAUGGUUCUUUUCAAGCGGAACUCAAGAGCAGCGGUUGCAAGGAAGUAUCAAAGUUGUACCUUGAUUCAGCUUUUGAUCGAUCUGAGAGUGCGUGUCCGCUACUAAAGAUCCACUGGCUUCGAAUGAUCGUUGACGAAGGACAUUCAAUGGCGAAGAACCAGAACUCGACGAUUCAGUUUGCAUCGUGGAUUUCUGCUGAAAGAAGAUGGGCGAUGACCGGGACUCCAACAAAACAAUCCGCGACCCAGAUUCAGCAGAUCUACGCUAUGCUCCGCUUCCUUGGUCAUGGUUUUUUCACUCCUAGACUCGAUGGAAACGCGGUUUGGACGUCAAACGUUGCCCGGUGUUGGAAAGAGGGAUCGUUCGCAGCGUUUUUCCGACUCAGAUCGUUGUUGGGUUUGCUUAUGAAACGUCAUACAAAACGUGAUAUUGCAGAGCUGGAGUUGCCGUGUUGCUCAGCAGAGGUGAUUCCGAUGAGUUUUGUUGAAGUAACGACUUACAAUACGUUGGUAUGUGGUGUCCAAUCAAACAUUUUGUUAACGUCAAUGAGCGGGAAGACGUCUGGACUGCAGGAUUCUCUUCUUCACCGCUCUCAGGUUCAGCAUGCUCGUGCUGCACUUAGUAACCUACGUCGUGUUUGUGUCGGCUACUCCAGAGUAUUACCGACGCUUGAGACAAGGUUUUACAUUGAGACUAUGGUCCUGCUGAAAGAGCAUGGAAGGGAUGACAGACAAAUUCAAAAUGUGAAGGAAUACCUCCACCGCGCCGAAGCUCAAGAGCUCUCAGAAUGCGAUUGCUGCCAGAUCAAGCUCAGCACGCUUCUCCUCUUUCCAUGCUGUGGCGGAUUCUUGUGCCCAGAAUGCAUGGACGAGAAAUCAAAUAUCUGCGUCCUUUGUGACCAAGAUUUCGACGUGGACGAAUUUCAACGAUUGCAGCCAGGUUUCUCGCUAAAGUGGCUCGAAACGAUGAUUGAAAGUGAACAACGCAAACCGAAACCAUCUAUUUCCAAUGCCAACGUGCAAGUCGAUCCUCCAGGUGGCGCGGAUCCAAUCGUGCGUGCCGAGAUUGAACUCCCAAACGGAGUUUUGGUUCGGCCGAAUAUGGAGCUCCGUAGAACUCGAAGAUUAGGGGAUGGUCACGAAUGUCAAUAUGAUCGGUAUACUGUCCAUGGAAAAUGCAUUCUGUGCUUGUCCGAACACAGCUUCUGUAACCUAUUUAAUGACAAUGCACAAUGUGCGAUCUGCUUCCGGGCAGCUGAGGAGUGCUCGGAGGAGGAAUCAAAAUCCUUUUAUCUUGUGAAGAAGCUCUCUGAAUUACAUCAACAAUUACGCAACAACGAGCAGCGACGUCCUCUGAAAAUUAUCGUCUUUUCGCAAUUUCGCCAAGCUUUGAACAUGGCUGGGAACCGUCUUUUGCGUAAGUUUGGAACUGCAUGCAUUGCUGAAUAUUGGGGCAGCUUUCGCACGACUGAACUGCGGAAAUUUACGUACGACCGAGAUUGUUUCUGCAUGCUUCUAGGAAGAGACGGCAGCGAAGGAUUGGACUUGAGCUUUGUCACGCAUAUAUUCUUUCUCGAGGAAAUCAUGGACCAGUCGCUUCGUGACCAAGCAAUUGCUCGAGCCUGGCGGAUGGGCGCAAAAGGACGUGUGCGGGUGGUAACUUUGACCGCGGCAAAAACAGUAGAGGAGACCAUGCAAGAGAUUGAGUCAGCAGCUCAAUACCGUUUCCAGUACUCGCAUCAAACUGUCACACGCCCUAUUGUUGCAGCAGCCGAGUCAAACAAUUUAGAGGAGUACGCCACGGCAAAGACACAUGCAUUGCUUCGUUCCUUACGACUCAUUACUGACUACCACCAUUUUUCGGCGGAGCCGCGAACAUCGACCGCAGAAAAAGCCACCUGUUUGAAUAACAAGCUACCCGGGAUUUCGAAAGAAAGCGACAAAACUGUUGACAACCCUCCAGUUAAGAGACGAAAAGUAACUUUCACGUAGCGAU